AUGUAUCAAUUACCUAUAAAACCGCCACAAGGCAAGCGUCCAAUGUUCAUGSAGCGAAGACCCAAUUUUGAUCGUGCUGAUGACGAGACAAAACCCUGGGCCAAAACUGGUGCGUGGUUUUUAGGUCCAAAAGCUGACAAUGCAGCAAUUUUCAAGGAUCUCGUCAAUGACGCUAUUGACAAGCAUUUUCUAUUCAGGCGAAGCUAUUACCCAUGUGACCCACAUUUUGUUACAGACGAGAUGCGUGAGGCUGAAUCUUUUAAAGAUGCCAUCAACAAGACGAAGAAUGAACUGCACAACAUCCAAAAAGAACUCAUCAAAGCUGUGCCAUUCUUCACACCAAGAUAUAAGGGUCACGUGACUUGGGAUACCGUAAUGGCUGCAAAUCUUGGUUAUCUAACAGGAUUGCUGUUCAAUCAAAAUAACUGUGCUGCAGAAGCUUCUUCUGUUACUACAAAAUACGAGUUGGAAGUAGGAGAAGAUCUUUGCAAGAUGGUAGGUUUUGAUCCUGAGAAAGCCGGGGGACAUCUUGUUACAGGCGGUACUCUAGCAAACAUCGAGUCUAUGUGGGCAGCUCGCAACRUCAAGUAUUACCCACUGGGACUACAAGAUGCCAUCAGGAAUGAAGACAUGCUUGCUAAAGCAAAAGCCGAUUUCACAGUUUACUUGCCACACAAAGAUGACCAUGUGAGAAUUGUGGACGCCACGAAUUGGGAGCUCCUSAACGUAGAUGUUGACGAUAUCAUUGAGAUGCCAGAAAAGGUAGCAGCAAUGUGCUCCAUUUCAAAUUCUGAUCUGSUUGGAAUCAUGAAUAACUACGCCUUGGAAAGCAUUGGCAUACCAGCAUUUUUCCAGCGUCACAAAAUGAAGAACAACCCGUGUUCUCUUGCCGCAACGACAGCACACGUCUCUCUUUUCAAAGGCGCAACAAUCUUGGGAGUUGGUAAAGAACACUUGGUUCCAGUGCCUGUAGAUGACAACGCMAGAAUGGACGYCAAAGGUUUGCGAGAUAUUCUCGAGGAYAARWUGGCCAAUCAKACUCCAGUAAUCAGUGUGGUUGCUAUAAUGGGUACAACUGAAGAAAGUGCCGUUGAUCCUCUUGUUGACAUACUUGAGAUUCGACAGGAAAUGAGAGCAUAGAAUGACGAAGUAAUGCGAUAUCUACGUGAAAUUGGACCAGACACCAUGUUGCCCUGUUUCUCCAUCAACAUAAAAGGCAACACUGAUGUCAACUUAGUCAACGACAUCGUCCAAGCUGUCUUUAAAGACCUGUGCAUGUCUGAUGACCGAGUCAGCGCUUUUAGAUUCCCAAUGAUAGUUACAGCAUCUACGUACAAGCAUACAAACCACAGUACAGCAUUGAAAGAGUUCAAGAAGAGACUUGGGAUUGAUCSUUAUGAUACAACCGGUGUCAAGUACAUCAUGACAACAUGUAUGGAUGCCUACGUCACCACCAUGGAUUUUGUUGACGACCUGGCAGGCAUUCUUAGGAAUGCUAUUCUGUGCUCUAUUGGAACAGUGACUGAUCCAAACGCUCAUCAUGACUUUGUGACAAGCGGUGUCCUGGACAAGAAUAAACACAUGGUCAUGUAUUAUGCAGGAAGAUUCCCUAACGUCUCUCAUCAGUACCACGCUUUAGCCAAGUGCCAGUUCAGCAACGAAGGCGAUGGAGAUGUUGCAGUUGAAGGAGCAGCACAGCGAGGAGGACCAUUAGUGCUUCGUGGAGUGGAACCUAAUCGUGUUCAUGAUAUGCUGUUGUAUGAUUUUGAUGAGGGAGAUUCAGGUCGACAUGAGCCUGAAGUUGAGGUUUGUCUUUUCCUGUACACGCUAUAUAGGCUGGUUAAAUUUGACUACAAGGCUUGA